AGGUCUGCAGCUUCUUCUGUUGUUAUGAUGUGGGCUGUUCCUUUAAUCUUGUGGGUGAUUUCAUUAGUGCUGAAUGUAGGGCGGAAUGGCAGAACGUCUCUCAGUGUGUCCAGAUCACCUCCAGUAGUUGUGAUCUGUCUCAGGUCUUCACCGAUUUGGAUCGCUACAAGUUUGUCAGGCUGGAACUGAACCAGGGAAAUUGGAAAAGAAAUCUGACUUCACAACUUUGUGACCCAGUCAAAGAAUUGAAUGCGAGUUUUAGCCCCCCCUCGCUGUCCCUCUCUCUGAAGGAACAGCAGCUCUGGGUGGAGGUGAGCUUUCCAUGUGCUCCGAACGCUAUCUGUCCGGCUAUGAAUAAGGAUGAGGAUGACUAUGAGGAAGAUAAUGAAGAGGAAAUACCAACCUGCUGUCCUGUGACCGAUUUCCUGCCAAUGAACACCACAGUGACUCUUUAUAAUAAACAUGAUCAGAAUGAUAUUCAGACUUACACUGAGUUGGUGGAAGAUAGUCCAUGGAAGCUUAACUUUGAUAAAUUCACUCCAGGUCAGGAGUACUGCGCUGUGGCUCACUUUGCCUCCUCUCCCCUCUCUAACAGACAGUGUGUCUACAUCCCACUGCUGGAAAUCCCAAACUUUUUCAUCCUGGUCCUGUGUGGUGUCUUCACUGCUCUUCUUCUCAUUGUGGGAUUUAUGCUGAGAAGAUGGUGCUGUUGGUGUGCUUCAACAGAUGUCAGACUCCCUAAAUUGCUGAUGUCUCUUCAGAGUGACGAUCAGGAGGGUUCUGUUAUGGAUGAACCCAGACAGGCAGAUUUUGAAGAAGAGGAUACUAUUGUCCAUCUCUCCAUCAUCUCUCUUAAUGACAUGCUUCCUUCUAACCCCAGCUCAUUUUAUCCACACUUCCACAGUCUUGGGGACCGAUAUUACACCACAGCCACUCUGAAUGACCGGUUGUGUGAUGGAAAUGAUGACACUAAUUACUACUUCAAAGAUGUCGAAACAAAUGGUCUUGCUGAUUGUGCAUCUCCAACUCACUAUCCAUGGCCACGCUGGUCAUCACUUCCUGCUCUCAAAACAGGGGUGGUAUGUUUUCUGGGUAAUUUGCUCCCAUCUGAGGUCUCAGGGAUUCCUUUAAGCUCGGUCAGAGUAGCUGAAGAACAGAUAGCCAGAAUGGAGUCAGAUCAUUCUUUCACAGUACUUCCAACCAUUUAUAGUGACAGGGGUUCAUCUUCAAUUAUCUGCUGACUUGAAUCCAAGAUGCCAUUUUGUUUGUGAGCUUGUUUUCUUAAACCGAUUUCUGAUGAUGGAACAGUGACGGCCAAGAUAUGUAUUCCAAAGUCCAUGAAGCUGUAAACAUGAGCUAACCCGAUGAUCUAAUGGAUACUUCUGAUUGGAUAGUGUUCCUCUGAUUUCUAGGCUUCCAACACCAGACCACGGCCAUGUUCUCGCAAUUAAAAAAUUAAUGGUAAUUUCUUUUUCUUUUUUUUUUUAAUAUGGACCGUUGUUGAGUCAUAACCUUCAUGUACAUAGAACUGGUUAACUCCAGUCAUCUCUGAAACAGCCUCAUGAAGUUAAUAAGACAAAAAAAUUGCUGCUUGUCUUUUUACUCAGAGACCGGAAACUCUGUCCUUGUUAAUGCCAUCUGAGUUUAAGGUCAACUAAUACAAACUUGCAUAUGGAAUCAUUUUAUGUCACCUCAGUGUAUUUUAUGUCUAAAUAAAUCAGAAGGAAAGGCCGUCAAUCUGUUGAUGAAGCUAACACAAUCCAAAGUUGGUGCUGAUUUUGGGAUACAACCAUAAAGCAGUGUGACUCAUUUCAGAAGGCAGUCAUAAAUCCUCAUCUAUUAGUUUUACCCCCUGUGGACUCUCUUCUGCGUAAAUAUCGUGUGUGCCUGUGUGUGUGUUUGGGGAGGGUAGUGGUGGUGGUUGUGGCGCGCGCACACACACACACACACACACACACACACACAGCCUGCUUUAGCCUUUUUUUCCCCCCCUCACUGACUCAUUGUUGCCUGUCCUGGCUCAGUUUUUCAUGGCAACUCAAAAUUCACUGCCUUACUGUGCACUUUGUGCUGAUGCUGGUAUUUUCUAGAAGUGUUGCAAAACCAAAAUUAGGCUCUAAGGAACAGAGGUGACUUUUAGGUGAUUCCUGUUACUGUGUACGGCUUACACUGUAAUGUCUUUCACCCAUUUAGUCUUCAUGAGUCUGAGCUGCUGUCUGUUUGCUUUAUGCCAAGUAAACCGGUGGCAAGAGGUGCAACAGCUUAGCCGCUAUGUAGUUUGACAGUUUUUUUUUUUGUGUGCCAUCUAUGAUUCUGAUGAAACCUGUAGUGUCUGAGUCCUUCAUUAAUAUAAGCAAUAAUCAAGAAUAAAGCUGUUCGGUUUCAUUGCUGCAGUUUUAAAUGUCAAGUUUCAAGUUGACCAAAGUGAAAAGCGUGUGAAAGUGUGCUGCUUUAAUGAAGCCACAACCCACAGCCCUGUAAGCGCGCACAGAGAAAAAAAAAAGACCGAUGGCAAAAAGAGUGAACAUUGGUGAGGAAAACCCCGAUUUGAGGUUUUGCACUGAUCACGUAUGUGUGUUAAACACCUUAAAACAUUUUAUAAUACACAGAAAGAAAUAAUUGCCGAUUUCUUAAAUACUAAGUUUUUACUAUCUGUAAAUAUUUCUUUGUUUUUUUAAUAUUAUAACAUUAAGCAAUAGAUAAAAAAUAUUAAACAGCAAUCAAAACAAGACUAUUGAAUUCCUGAUACAGCUGUGAGCAAAAUGGUCAAGAUAUUCUUUGUUUUAUAUAAUAAAAAAAAAAAAACAACCCAAUAAAUAAAAACCUUUUCCAACUUAAUAAUAGGUUUAUGCGUUCUGAAUUCUUUCUAUCUGGGGCAUGACUCACUUUGCUUCGGUACCGGCUCAUGCAGAGUCUGAUGCAAAGUUGCAGGCAGAAGGAUGAAGAGUCUGAGG